CAUAUCGAAUUAGGUUCAACGAAUUUUUAGUGCUCGUUUCAACUAUUAUGUGCUUUAUUCCUAUUGCAUCGAUUAUUAAAUAUUUAUAUUGAUUGAUCAGAAUACUUAAAAUUAAUUUGAUUUAUAUUUUAACGCUAAAGUCUUCUUACAUUUACGAUUACUCUAAUCAAAAUGAUUUUACAACGGUUAACCUCUGCAUUGACGAAAGUACGCAUUUUGAACGGAUUUAUGGGUGAAAAUAAAACAAAUGUACGUUCGAAAAUCACUACACCAUCAGGUGCUAUUCUUCCUGAGCCGAAACGAACCCCAUUUGGUUUCGUACGAGUAAUAUGCGGAGUAGUAUUAGGCUUGCUUGUAGGUGCUACUAUUAGUAAGAAUAUGGCCAAUUUUCUCGAAGAGAAUGAUCUCUUCGUCCCAUCAGACGAUGACGACGACGAUGAUUAAAGUAGAUAAAUCUAAUGUAUUAGUUGUUG